CCUAUGGGGAAGGAAUAAAAAAAAGAAAUUCAGUAUCGUCGCACUCUGUACCUAAAGAUCAUCAUUUUCUGAAGAGCUCACCGCCCCAGGGCCUCGGUCAAAACACCGAAAUUUGACGGCGGCGAGAGCGGAUUUGGAUUCACCGCAGAGACGCUAAAGUCGCAGAAGAAGGCAGAUUUUCCGUCGGACGGUCUGUAGGCUAGCGUAUAGCGAGGGAGCCGCCAUGGCAGUCGGAUCACUGAGCCUCCACAUCGGGAUAUGAAGAGAAACUGCAUGCGUCCUGAAUCUCCAAGAAAACGCCGCAUUUGCCCGUGAUCCGCACCGGAUCCGCUGUCUGAACACCUGAUCUCACCCUUCUUCAUCUUUGUGAAAUUCAAUUCACAUCCAGAAAGAAAUCGCAAUUGGUUUUUUAAUCGGGGGGCCCACAGGGAGAGGCCAGAUUCAUGACUAUUUUAGUCGGAGACGUGUCUUCAGAGGCCCACUGAAAGAAAACGAGGAAUAUAAAGAAGAAACGAUGCUCUGAUUCACCGCUUGUGGAAAGAAAAGGGUAGUUUAUUAGGUGAGACGAACUAGUGUGAAGGAUUGUGGGAUAAAGGGGUCGCUUUCUGUCUGCCUCCCCCCCCUAGUCAAUUAUAGUGUUAUUCAUUUACUGUCAUCCUUUUUGGAUGAGAAGGUUUGGAGAACCGACCAGCCCUGCCGUGUAGAGAGUCACAAGUCUGCGAGAGUCCGAGAAUCAAAGGGAUUGGAUCAUGUCGGGUCGGCCCAGGACCACAUCCUUCGCGGAGAGCUGCAAACCAGUGCCGCAGCCCUCAGCUUUUGGCAGCAUGAAAGUCAGCAGGGAUAAAGAUGGCAGCAAGGUAACAACAGUCGUGGCCACUCCAGGCCAAGGCCCCGACCGGCCACAGGAGGUGAGCUACACGGACACUAAGGUCAUCGGCAACGGCUCGUUCGGCGUCGUCUACCAGGCCAAACUCUGUGACUCCGGAGAGUUGGUGGCCAUCAAGAAGGUCCUGCAAGACAAGAGAUUUAAGAAUCGCGAGCUGCAGAUCAUGAGGAAGUUGGACCACUGCAACAUAGUCCGCCUGCGCUACUUCUUCUACUCCAGUGGAGACAAGAAAGAUGAAGUGUAUCUGAAUUUGGUUCUGGACUAUGUUCCCGAGACGGUCUACAGAGUGGCCAGACACUACAGCCGAGCCAAACAGACUCUGCCCAUGGUUUAUGUCAAGUUGUACAUGUACCAGCUGUUCAGGAGUCUGGCCUACAUCCAUUCGUUUGGGAUCUGCCAUCGGGACAUCAAGCCUCAGAAUCUGCUGCUGGAUCCAGAGACCGCUGUGCUCAAGCUCUGUGACUUUGGCAGUGCUAAGCAGCUGGUCCGUGGAGAGCCUAAUGUGUCCUACAUCUGCUCUCGCUACUAUCGGGCCCCUGAGCUCAUCUUUGGUGCCACUGACUACACCUCAAGCAUAGACGUGUGGUCAGCUGGUUGCGUGCUAGCAGAGCUGUUGCUAGGACAACCGAUCUUCCCUGGCGACAGUGGAGUGGAUCAGUUGGUUGAAAUUAUCAAGGUUCUUGGCACCCCGACUCGAGAGCAGAUCCGCGAGAUGAACCCAAACUACACCGAGUUCAAAUUCCCCCAGAUUAAGGCACAUCCUUGGACUAAGGUGAGUCAACAGGUGUUCCGGCCGCGUACGCCCCCAGAGGCCAUCGCCCUGUGCUCUCGCCUGCUGGAGUACACGCCCACAGCACGCCUCACCCCUCUAGAGGCCUGCGCACACUCCUUCUUUGAUGAGCUGCGUGACCCCAACGUCAAACUGCCCAAUGGGAGGGAGAAGCCUUCACUUUUCAAUUUCACCACCCAGGAGUUAUCCAGUAAUCCAUCUUUGGUCUCCAUACUCAUCCCUGCUCACGCCCGCAGCCAGGCUUCCGCCUCUACCCCAACCAACGCCUCUGCCACCACAGAUGGCAGCAGCACAGACAGAGUUCCCAGCACCACCACCGCCUCGGCCUCGGCCUCCAACUCCACCUCCUGAGCCUGCAGAGGACCCGCCCCGCCCCGGUCUCAGCCCCAGCCCACGGCCUCUCCAUUGCCCCGGCCAGGGGGUGAGCUCCGCUCAGCUCUGCUCUGCCCUGCUCUCCUCCCUGACAACAGCGGAGCGAUGCUGACGCAGUCCGGGUUCAACAGCUAGCCAACAGCCCCAUGCCUCGACCACAAACCAAGCACCCCUAAUCCACCUCCUUUAACCCCCUCAUCCAGCUGUUUGAACUCUACUCCAUCCUCCGUCAAAGACGUCUCUCCGUGCCCUUUCAACGGGGAAGCAAAGUGCAGAGCCAGAGGUGUUUGUCGACUGUACUAAAGAUAAAAGUACACUGUACAUGUAUACACAAUGCUAGCCUGCUAAUGUUUGUAAGAGGACAAUCUGUAGAAAAAAGUCCUAAGCUGUCUCCCCAGCCCCUUUCCCACGUCUUCCCCUACAUUGUCCAAUUUUUCUGCAUCUACAUCCUUUGACCUCUGACCCCUGUGUCACCUGACCGAGCCCCCCCCCCCUCCCUUUGUUUCCUCCUGUAGUGCAUGGCCUGAGUAUGGUUAGGAUCACCCGGGGGUCACCCCCACCCCUGCCCUUUCACCUCUCACCUCCGCAGACAAGGCAUGAGGCUCACGCACGCGUAUACACACAUACACACUCAUAAAAACACAAACACACACACACACACACACACACACACACACACACAUCCUCAGACACAUGGAUGCAUGAUGAUCCUGGAUGUAUGUGCGGGGUAAUGUUUGGACUUUUUUUUUUUUUUGCCUGGGGUUGUUUUUAAAUGGUUAGCAAGCUGUUUUACUCGACCUUGUUUUAAAUUUUUGUUUUGUACUCCCGGGCAGAUGUUCUUGGAUUGCCAUGUGCGAUGGAUGUGACAUGUAUCUGGUCCUGUGUGCUUGUAUAAUAUAUACAUACAAUACAAAACAAACAUGCAUACAUACACAGUUUAUAUAUUACUUUUCCUUAUGUAUAAAAAGUAUAUAUAGAUAUAUGUAUAUUAACUACAAUGGUUCAGAAAUCAUUUAUGGUGAGCUCAUAUCUGGCAGGGCAGUGGCAAUAUUUGCUGCUGCCUAAAGACAAUAGAUCUAGAUAAGGUGGUGUUUGUUUUUUUUUGUUUGUAUGUUUUUUGUUUUCUGGUCAAGCUGGAGUGUGUUUAAAUUCCAGCAGUCACUUCCCUGCUCUCCUGUGUUGUCUGUAUUAAAGCUGUAGAUGGAUUUAGGGCAGUGCUCUAUUCCCUGUCGUUGUACCGACUCUGUCUGUAACAGUGUUUCUGUGACAGUGCAGUGUCUAGACAAACAUCCCUCUUCUCCUCCUCUCUCUCUCUCUCCCUCUCUCUUUGUCUCUGUGAAGAAUUCAAGAUGUUUCUUAACACUCUCUCCUCGACUUCUUGAGAAGUAUCGGCUGUGGUUUUUGGGGUCUCCUGACACGCCGCUCACUGUCUCGUGUUGUGACCACUGACUGAAGUAUUAGCCUAGCGUUCUCUCUCUCUCUCUCUCCUCCACCUGCCGCACAUAGAGCCAUUUGGUACAGUCCGUCGAACCGUCUUAUAUACAGAGAAUACUCACUACAAAAUGAGAAAAAAGAGAAAAAAAAGAAGAAAAAAAAAGAAGCAGAAUUUGUAUAUACAGUUUAAAUGCUCCUCACCAAAAUUCUGACUUGUAUGACUUGUAUGUUGUUUUUUUAUGUUGUUAUGUUGAUUUUUUUUUUUUUCCAUGUUGUGUUCAAGGUAUGUAUAUAUGCAGACCCAUGUACUGUUUAUGAGCAAAAACAAAGAUGACAAAGGGUAGGGAAAGUAAUGAAAAAGAUAUAAAAAAAAAAAAAAACAGAAUCAGGGCAAAACUGAUGUUGUUUAUGGAUAUUGUAGAUGAUGAUCAGCUUUAUCCAGCCAUAUGUUCAAUCUUACUUGUACAGUACAGUAGAUGACAGCUGUAUUAUUGUAACAAGAACUAGUUAUGUAUAGUGUAACUAUAGUUUGGAGUGCCUUUGCUUUCAUACACCUUCGCCUUGUUUCCCCACCUCACCUGGCCCAGCCAUCACUCUCCACCCCUCCUCCUGAUAUUGUGACUCUCCCUUUGGUGCUGUUGAAUGUCCUGCUAUCCUGCAACAGACUCACAUGCACACAUGCACACAGACACAAACACACCUACACAAACACACACACACUCUUCCACUUUUCAGCCCCCUCCACUCGCACCUCUUUCUCCUUCUUUUUCAUUGCACACUUCUAUGUAAUAUACAGACAUUGUUCAUUGUAAGGAUAUUUUCCUUUUACGGAAGAUACAGUAGAAAAAAAGUGUUUAUUUUAAUAGAUGCUAAAAAAGGUUUUAUCUUGGACACAUAGAGACGCACAAACAUGUGUAUCACAGUCCUGGCACAGACUCCGGGGCAUGAAGGGGGGAGGGGGGGGGGUUGUGGACGGCUGCAGCGGUUAAAAAAAAAAAAGAAGGCCUAAAAUAUGCUGUAUAUAUAAAAUACAGUACAGUUUCUGUAUUACUCAGUGUUGGUUCUGUUACCAAAGCCAAACUAUGAUGUAGUUCUGAUGAGCCAUCCUCAGAGGCAAUAAUGUGUUCUGUCCCCCCUCUCCGGAUAAUAUGUUGUCGUUCCUCUGUCCUCUUGUUCAUUCUCCUCCCUGUCUGCAUAUUUCGGGGGGAAUUCAGUAGCACCUAAAGGGGUCGAGUCAUGUAGCCUUUCUCCUGUCUCCUGCUUGCUGUAAUUUUGCAUUCAUGAACGUGUUGCAACCCUCCACUAGAGAGUUUGACCACUUCACCCUACCCCUAACUCCAGUUCAAUAAAAACACCACAAAGGUUACCAAAAAAGAAGACAAGCAAGAACACAUGCUAGUGUAUUAUACUAGUGCAUUAUACUUGCAUAAACACUAGUAUAAUGUGCCAACUGGGGUUAAAGAAAAGAAAAAUCAUAGAAAAUACUACAAAAACAUCCCGUAUAACAGUACUACUACUUGAAUGCCUCCGUUUGUGACUGAAAUUUUUAUUUCAUUUGUUUUUUCUUUUGUUCUGUGAAGGUAUGCUAAAUGUGCGCCUCUGUAAAUAUUCCCUCUGCGUGCUCUGAGGAAUAGUUCCCUGGUACUGUAAUUUGCAUUAAAUAAAGAGUAGGAUAGCCUGGAAAUGAUCAAA